AUGCCUCGCCGCUCUGCAUCGUCCACAUCCACAGCCAAGAAGGUCAUGUCGCCACGUCCUUCGUCCAGCGUAGUUCUUCUCUCGCCUCACAACCAAGUGCUGCUUCUUCACCGCGUCAAGACAUCAACGUCCUUUGCCUCGGCUCAUGUGUUCCCCGGCGGCAACCUUGACCCGUACCAUGACGGUGACAUCCCAGAAGAAGGCAGUGAGGGCCGACACAGAGAUGGGUUAGCGUAUCGCAUUGGCGCGAUUCGCGAGACGUUUGAGGAGACGGGCAUCCUGCUGGCCAAGAAGAAGAAUGGGGAUGGGCUCGUGGAGGUGCAAGCUGACGAGAGGGAGGGUGCUCGGAAGAGGAUCCACGGGAACCAGAUCCGGUUCACCGACUGGGUGGACUCGAUAGGAGGCACACUUGACACAGAUGGCUUGGUACCGUGGACACGAUGGAUCACGCCAACCAACGUGCCCAAGCGCUUCACCACACAAAUGUACCUGUAUCUGCUCCCACUUGCCUCCUCACUGCCGUCCGAGAUGCUCGUGCCGACCCCAGAUGACGGCGUCGAGCACACAGCGGCGACCUUUGCCCCCGCCCAGGAGUUCCUCGCCAGGCAGCAAAGGAAGGAGAUCAUCAUGUUCCCACCCCAGGCCUACCUCGCAUGGCAUCUAACGCGGUUCAUCUCCGACACGGCCACGGACCUGGAGACGUCGACACGCCAGCGACAGGCGUUGCUGGACUACAUCCAUAGGGUGCCCACGGGGGACUCGCCGAGGGCACGGGAGCAUGCGACCAGCCAAAUCGCCUGGGGAGACAAAGUCAUGAGCCCGCAUAAUCUGUUCAUACGGGAGAGCGAUGGACGUAUCGUCCUGGGACUCGACAAGCCGGGCCCGGAAUUGAAGGGCUCUGGGCGAGGUGGUGACUGGGAACAUGUGGUCUAUGUGCGGUUUGCCAAGGGCGGGCCUACGGAGGUGGAAAUAAAAAGGCGCGAGGAGGCCUUGCGGGAAGAGAAAGAGUUCAAGGCACAGAGAGAGAGUAAGCUCUAA